UCAACAGCAGCAACAGUUAGUCAGACACCUCGGUAGCUUGAUAGACAAAUAGCCGAACCAAUAAAGCUCUUUAGACGCUUUAGUGUAUAUUAGCCACUGUGUUUUAAACCCACUUCUGUCGUCUAGUUAGUUAUCCAAUUUAAUUUAAUAUUUAUGCUGUUGUUGUUAUUAUUCAGCUAGCGGGCUGGUUAAGUUAGCAUUAGCCUAGCUAACAUCUCCGACCAUGAGUUCACCAAGCUACUCUCCUUCUAAUGAAGAGAAGGAUAUCACAGUAAAUCAAGAAGUAGGGAGUGGGGCCGUUACUGUGAAAGAAGAGGAGGACGCGUUCAGAGUGAAAGACGAGGAAGAUAUCACAGUAAAACAAGAAGUAGGGAGUGGGGCCUUUACUCUGAAAGAAGAGGAGGACGCGUUCAGAGUGAAAGAGGAGGAUGAUGUCACAGUAAAAGGAGAGGAAGAUGCAGUUUAUGGCGUGAAAGAGGAGGGGGAGGAGAUUACUUUUACAUCGAAAAAGGAGGAGGAAGAAGAGGAGGAACCUGGAUAUCUGGGCCCGGGUUCCCAAACGCAUCUUAAGGCAUCCAGUGGUUCUAACGAUGAAUUUAGCCAUAAGAUGGUUUUUAGAAACCGUUCCCUGAUUAACACUGGAGAGAGACGGGACUACCAUGGGUCCUCUGGGGAGCCUCAACAACCUCAUGACGCUGACGAGGCAGAGAACAGUCUCUCCACAUUAGAACACCCCAAGAAACACCUGCAGAGAUCCACAGGGAAGAUAACUCUCUGCUGCUCUGACUGUGGGAAGAUAUUCACCUCAUCAGGCAUUACAAUUCAUCAGCGAACACACACAGGAGAGAAACCUUAUAGCUGUACUCAAUGUGGGAAGAGUUUUACUACAUUGAGCAAUCUGACUCGUCACCAAAGAACACACACAGGAGAGAAACCGUAUUGCUGUACUCAAUGUGGGAAGAGUUUUACUCGGCUCAGCAGCCUGAUAACACACCAGAGAAUACACACAGGAGAGAAACCUCAUAGCUGUACUCAAUGUCGGAAGAGUUUUACUCAUUCAUCAGGCCUGAUAUCACACCAGAGAACACACACAGGAGAGAAACCUUCUAGCUGUACUCAAUGUGGGAAGAGCUUUACUCAACAGUGCAACCUGAUAUCACACCAGAGAACACACACAGGAGAGAAACCUUAUAGCUGUACUCAAUGUGGGAAGAGCUUUACUCAACAAUGCAACCUGAUAUCACACCAGAGAACACACACAGGAGAGAAACCUCAUAGCUGUGAUCUGUGUAACAAGAGAUACUCUGAUAAAAGAUCUCUGAUCGAGCAUCAGAAAAUACAUGGAGUUAUUUCAUGAUAUCAAUUAAUUAAUGUCACAAUGUAGAAUGUUUUAACAUUGUAGAAGGAGUAAUUUAAUGAUGUCACAAUGUAGGACCCUAAAUGUUUCUCCCCUGUUCUAUUGAUUUCAACAUGACAUGGAUAUUAUCCUCAGGGGAAAGAUCCAGGCUCUGAAUUGAGAGAGUAAUAUUUAUGUGAUUUAACUAAAAGUGACCCACGUGAAUCAAAGUGAAACACUUCAAAAUGUAGCUAGCUGUUUUCUACAAAUUGUCCUCUAACCAGGGAUGUACACAUUACUCCCAGAUUCCGUGUGGUUUUUGAGCUGUUGCAACCUCAUCUCCCCUCUCUCGCUCAAUUGAUGUCAACGUGAUAUUGAUGAGUGAUGACAAAUAAGUGCUGUUCCAUUGUUUAGCGACCCCUAAAUUUAAAUGCAACAAUCAAAAAUGUAGCUGAUUGUCUUCUGCAGGUUGUCCUCUAACCAGUGAGGUAAAAUGUAUCUCCCAUUUCCAUGUGUUUUUUGUUUUGUUUUACUUUCUAGAGCAGGUUCAACCUGAUUUCCUCCCAAAUCCAUAUGCGUUGCCAUGGAACACAAUUUAUUUUGACUGCACUUUUUUCCGUAUUGGAAAUUAGUUUUGUUUGCGCUCGUUCCAAGGGGACGAGAGUUCUAGAAGCUAGUGGGUUUUAGGAUUCUAUUGAAAGAAAAAUUAGAAAAAAAUAAUAUGAUUGUUUAUUAUUAUUUAGGAAUAGGUGUUUUUUCUUGUUUUUAAUUGUUGACAGCCAGUAGACACCAUGUUUAUAUUGGUGAAGGUGAAGCAGUGUAGUUGAUUAUAAUGUGAAAUUGAAGUUGUUUUCUGUUGGUGGUGAGCAAACUUGUCCAACAAAAAUAUAGGAUAAAUUUGUUGUCUUAAAGGG